AGCUUUGGAAGUCGUCAGUCACCACAGCUAUGGUUGUAGUCAGGCCCGCAGAUCUUGCCCCCACAGCCACUGUUAAGUUCUUCGGUGCUGGGACCGCAGCUUGCAUCGCUGACCUGGUCACCUUCCCACUGGACACGGCCAAAGUUCGCUUGCAGAUUCAGGGGGAAUCCAAGGCAGUAGAGGAAGUGGGGAAGGCGGCACGCUACCGUGGCGUGUUUGGCACCAUCACCACCAUGGUGCGCACAGAAGGGGCCCGUAGUCUCUACAACGGCCUGGUGGCGGGUCUCCAGAGGCAGAUGAGCUUCGCCUCCGUCCGCAUCGGCCUGUAUGACACCAUGAAGCAAUUCUACACCCGCGGCUCAGACAACUCAAACAUCGUGAUUCGGCUUCUGGCCGGCUGCACGACGGGGGCGAUGGCUGUGAUGUUUGCCCAGCCCACCGAUGUGGUCAAGGUGCGAUUCCAGGCCCAGGUGAGAGUUGCGGAUGGCGCCAAGCGGUACAACAGCACCAUGGAUGCCUAUCGGACCAUAGCCCGGGACGAGGGAGUCCGGGGACUUUGGAGAGGCUGUCUGCCCAACAUAACACGGAAUGCCAUUGUGAACUGUGCAGAGCUAGUCACCUAUGACAUCAUCAAGGAGCUCAUUCUGAAGUAUGACAUCAUGACAGACAACCUGCCCUGCCACUUCACUGCCGCCUUUGGAGCGGGCUUCUGCACCACCAUCGUGGCGUCACCGGUCGAUGUAGUGAAGACGCGCUUCAUGAACUCCGCAGCAGGACAGUACAGCAGUGCCAUCAACUGUGCUCUCACCAUGUUGACCAAGGAAGGACCCACUGCCUUCUACAAGGGGUUCAUGCCGUCCUUCCUUCGCCUAGGAUCCUGGAACAUCGUCAUGUUCGUAUCAUAUGAGCAGAUCAAGCGUGCAGUAAUGCGGGCACAGCAGUCGUGGGAGUCCCCUUUCUGAACCGGCACUCUUGGACACUGAGUGCCUUUAUUGAUCUACAGACAAGGAGGAAGUUGAAUGUCUUGGGCAGGCACGUACU